UAAUCGCGGGCCACCAGUCGCUGUUGUCGGAUAUCCUGAACAACGUUUAUAACUACAGUCAGAAUAAGAACCGCUGUGUAGCUGAAUGGCGACCUUGUCUAGUGGCGCUUACUUUCGGAGGUCCAGUUUUGUCUGGAUACUGAUUAUCACCCUCUCUAUGGGUUAUUUUACCUGGACAGUGUUUUGGCCUCAAGAUGUUCCCUAUGAGAGACUUGGCCCAGUUGGAGCAUUUUCAAAGUACAUGGUGGAACACCACUACACACUAAUCUACCGUGGGUGGUGGGUAGCUUGGGCAAUUCACAUAGCUGAAGCUCUCUAUUCCCUCAAAGUUUGCAGACCGUUCAUGGGAAAUCCCGCCUGGUCUUGAUGACAUCAAGCUUGCUUCAGACCCCUUUGAUGUCACUUCUGGGUCCGAACCUAUGGACAAAGACCAUUCCGGGUCCUGCCCCGCUGAUGUCAUUUCCCGUCUCGAGCAUAUGGAGGAAGACCCUUCUGGUUCUGACCCCCCUGAUGUCAUUUGCCGUAUUGGCCUUUAAAAGACGUCACUUUUCCCCCAUUCCUCUGGUUCUAUUCUGGACUCUGAAUCAAGCACUUCAGUGCUAUCAUUUUUGCAAUUUUGCAGCCAGGAAGCAAUAUACGGGUGGCUGCUCCAAACCUUGCUAUGGCUCUUGGUCGAGUUUGUGACACUGGAAAAUGCUAGAUCCACUUCUUAAAUCUCCAGUUAAAUUUAGAGCCAAUCUCAACAUUCUGCUUCUGUCUUUGUAAAGGCUAUGAACACCUUUGCUUGUCCUUUCUUUAUAGACCUCAUUGUUUAUGUUGGAGCUCACGGUGGUAAGUCUCAUGUGAAUAUUCUAAGAAAAUUCUGUGACAAUAAAAGCUUGCAAGACUUAGCACAUUUGAAGUACAACUAAAUCCUACCACAAGCAGAUGUUGCAUUAAAUAUGUUUACCUGGAACAAAAGUGGAUUGGCAUUAAGCAUUCUUUCCAUACUUGUAAAUGAAAGUGAACAAUGUUUCUUUAAAUAGCAAAUGCUGUAAAAUGACAAUAGCAUUACAUAGCUUGCUUGGCACCAUAUUUCAUAGUAACACUGAUUUGGCAGACAACACCUUAUUCUUGGCUAUUGGCAGUGUAAUGAAUUUAUUAUAAGAUGUGUAUGAAAAGGAAAACAUGUUGGUAUCUUAUUCAAACCCAAUUGGUGAUUGUUUCCUUAGCAUUCUUUCUUGCUGAAAAUGAAUUAAUAUGGCACAGCCUCUGUCUCAUAUUACUGGUCUUCUGAUAAAUCAUGUUUCUGAAAUCUCAUUUUUGUAUUAAUCUCAAUUUAUACAUAUCUGUCAAAAGGAGGAUUCAAAAUAUUGGUAAUUAACAUUUUUAAAAGUAGGAACAGUCAUCACUUUCAGAAUUUCUAGGUAAUUAAAUUAAGCCCACAUAAUUUAUUUUGAGAAUUUUUUUACUACUAUGGGUCCUGGUUCUAAAUAAUAUAAUACGGUAAUUGAAUAUAUUUACCCAUUUGGCUUUUCUACAAUUUUUAUCUUCACUUGCUUCUGAAAAUAUCACUAUUGACCUUUUAGAAGGAAAAGGACAAACAAACUGUAAUUGCCUUUACUUCACUACUAUCGCAUAGACUUAUCCUACUCAACUGGAAGAAUCCUAGCCCACCUCUUUUAAGUCAGUGGGUAACUGAUGUUAUAUUCUAUUUGAAAUUAAAAAAAAUCGAAUUCUGACUUAGAAGAUCUGUUAAAAACGUUUUAAAAACCUGGCAGGAUCUAAACAAUAACAUUUUACAAUAAGCAUUUAUAUUGGGGAAAAAGGAU